UAGGGAAUGCCCGUUAGUUGAGUCUGCCGAUAAUAGCACAUCAGCCAGUGUGCUGUUAUAGGGGGAGCAGAGCGCAGGCAGUGCGGAGGACUUGGCUACUGAGAGCGGAAUGGCUCACUAGAGAGGACAGGAUCUGUCAGAAAGAGACGGACACAGAUAGAGCACGUGAAGAGAGAGUGCAUCAGCACAUGUAGAGAAGAAGAGGACUGAGAAAGAGCAGGAUAUUGGCAGGAGAAGAGGAGAGGUAAAAGUUAUCCAGUCAGCAAGAGAGCGCGGAGCGGCUGAGAGUCACUGGGGUCUCGCAGCCAGGCACAUCAAUAAGCAGCGCAAGGAGGAGAGUGAUAUUACAGGAGGGAGCACUGCAACUUCUUCCCAGAAAAAAGCAGCAAGGGUAACGCUUCUCAAAGGACUCUCCUGCACAGCUUACUUCAGGAUUAUCAGAGCAAGGCAGCGGCACUGAACAGAAGACACUUGCAUGCACCAAACGUACCUGUGCAGCUCAAGUUCAACUCACAGAGACUUUCUGAGGUGGACGUAGUGGUGAAGCUGCGUGCCUUUUUUUUUCACCUUUACUGCUUCAAAGUGCGAAGGAGUAGAGAUUCGGAGCGCAAGUUGUUUUGUCCUGUCAUCUCAGAGACUAUGUUAGACUGUGCGUCAGAGAGCUCCGUAUCAUCAGCUGCAGCCCCAGAGCAUGGAGAAGUCCAGCAGUGAGGAGUCAGCCAUUCACCGCAGCCCCUCCGUAGAUAGCCGUGACUCUGAUUUUCCUCAAGCCUCCACGUCUGGUCGCCCAUUUGGCGGCCGCGGCUUCACUGCCGGCGCUUUCUACGGCUCCACAGGGCCGCGCAAAAACGCACAGCAGGGACAAGCUGGAGCGGCAGCUGACGCCAGUGCCGGAGACAAGUCCAACAACAAGUACAGCUCCCCCAAAGGCAGCAAAUACGUGGUCUUUUACCUGGAUCUAUCAUUUGUGUUCCUUUUAGAAUUCAAGAAGUGCAACAUGGCGAGAGGCUGCCUUUGCUGCUUGAAGUAUAUGAUGUUCGUCUUCAAUCUCAUCUUUUGGUUAUGUGGCUGUGGACUGCUCGGCGUGGGCAUCUGGCUUUCUGUGUCACAGGGCAGCUUCGCCACCUUCUCACCCUCAUUCCCUUCACUGUCAGCUGCCAACAUGGUCAUUGCCAUCGGCUCUAUCGUCAUGGUAACGGGCUUUCUUGGUUGUCUGGGUGCCAUCAAGGAGAACAAGUGCCUGCUUCUGAGCUUCUUCAUUGUAUUGCUGAUAAUUCUUCUGGCAGAGCUGAUUUUGCUCAUCCUGUUCUUUGUGUAUUCGGAUAAGGUGAGAGAGAACGCUAAGCAGGAUCUGAAGGAUGGGCUGGCUCUUUAUAACUCAGAAAACAACAUAGGCCUGAGAAACGCCUGGAACAUCAUCCAAGCAGAGUGGAAAUGCUGCGGCGUGAUAGCGUACACCGACUGGCACGAGGCCCUGAAGGAGAAAGUCGUUCCUGACCGCUGCUGCCAGGAGCAUUACCAGAACUGUGGGCGAAACUCCACCAACAUGUUCUGGAACAGGGGCUGUUUCGAGAAAGUGGAGGAAUGGCUGGAUGAUAACAAACACCUGCUGGGAACCAUAGGAAUGGUCAUCUUAGUAGUGCAGCUCCUGGGCAUGGCGUUCUCCAUGACACUCUUCCACCAUAUUCACCGCACAGGGAAGAAGUACGACGCCUAACUUGGGCAGAGGCACCAAAUAGAGAGGAGCCCAACUUCUGGAUGGGAUAAGACUCUGAUAUACAAAUCCCUGCCCCCCCCCCAUCACUUUACAGCCUCUGCAGAACGUCCUUUGCUCUCCUUCCAGCCAUGUACAGAUUCCAGCUGCGCUCCUGCCCCUUUCCGCUCUCUCUCCUCUUCUCAUUCAUUUUUGCCAAAGAGAAACACAACUGGAACAGAAGGGACACCUAAUUUUGGCAAGAAAGAGAAUCCCAUUGGUUGGCACUCCUCUUGAGUUUGCUUAAUUCUUUGUUUUUAAUUGCUUGGACUAACAAUUAUCUGGAAGGAAAGAUGGAUUGUGAGACAACGAAGACUUUACUAUUGCCCACACAGCCUGUCGGUGGUAAAGAGAACCCAUAAAACUGAAAAUACCCUCCAUCUCUUGUGGAGAUUUUUUUUUUCCCUUAUGUUUAUUAAAAACAACCACCCCUUUUUUUCCCCUUGUAAACAAAUAAAGACGCAAAAUGGCAUGCUAGUUUUUUACUUCACCACCCUCAUUGAAAUAUCUGUUCUUGCCAUUUUUGUCGUUUCGUUUUAUUUCAUUUUUGUAUGUAUAUCAUCAGCGAUCCUGUGGAAUGUAAGUGUUGAACAGAUCAGUGCAAUGAGCUCGCAGAUGUGCAGUGUGUAAGUGUCUGAGUUUGUAUUUGAUGUGACGUUGCUGUGGGGGCACAGAUAUGUCAGGUUGUGUUUUGUUUUUUUUUGUUUUUAAUAUCAUAAUUUUCUUUUUCACUUGAGAUAUAGAGUUUUGAGUAAAGGAAGUGUCCUGGAGGAACAUUAUGUGAGCAGAAAGAUUCACCAGUGGAUUCAUUUCAUAUCAGAUUUUGCAGUAACCUCUAAAUAAUACAUUUCGAUGCACAAAUUUCCCAGUGAUCAUAGUGGCCCCGUAGGCACCAGUGUUCCAACUCCCUGUGUUCAAACACAAAUAGGGUUAAAAGGCCGUUUAUUAGGGCUCCAUGAGCCCUGUCAGCUGAAGUUAUAUGGGUGAAAAGUUCUUACAUUGAGUCUAGAUUGUGUGGGUGUGUGUGUGUAUUCAUUUAACCACACAGUCCAAGCUGCAGAGGAGGGGAAAGAACACACAUCAGAACAUUAAGAGGCAAGGGCAAGUGGGCCAAAAACAGAGCAGACAUGUUGUCUCAAUGCAGCCAUCAAUAUUGUUGGCAGAGGCAGCUAGAGGGUUUCUCUUUAAGGUCUCAUCCAUUCCCUCUGCCCUCCUCAUUUUUUCUCUCUGUGGCAGGGAACUCGGCACGGCCUCUAUUUUUCUUCCUUUCAAUGCAAUUCUAUUCCUAAGUGUCAGGAAGCAAUGGGUUUCAUGCUCCAUGUGUACAGGCGGCGUCUCCAUUGGCAUUCCUUCUCAGAAUUCACUUGUACGUCUGGUUUGCAAGUUCUCAUAUUUUACGUAAGCUUGCUUUUUAUGCAGCUCAGAGACAAGGGGGAGGCUGGAGUGUAGGUAGAUCAAAGCUGAGGCAGAUAGGUAUGGCAACAUGCCCUGUAGGACAUGUCUGUUUAUGUCUGUUUACACAUUUAUGCACCACAGGAGGCCUGAGCAUCAACCUACCACCCUUAGACUGAAAAUACCCUUCAUCUGCUCCUGGCUUAAACAGAAAGCCCUCCAGUGUGCCUGCUCAACAUCUCUUAAGGUUUAGUGAUAUGAGCCGGUUGUUAAAGGUAUCAAGUAAUCACUUUAGCUAUGGGUAUUAGGCUUACGUUUAUUACUUACUAUACCCUGCAAGGUAAUUGCAAUUUGACACUUGAAAAAUGUCAAAUGAUGAAUGAGGCAUAAAUAAAACAAGCAAACAGGUAAGACAAGUUGUAAAUAACAACUCAUAAGUUCAACCAUAUUAACCGCUUUAUUAAUAGUGAGCACCCUCAGUUUGUUAGCAAUCAUUUUUCAUUGCAAUGUGUCUACAAAUCACCGCAAAGUGUAAAAAGUCAGUUUAGAAAUGCUGACAAGAAUAUAAAUGAGUGCUCUCUGCGGGGAACUAAAGCAGGGUUGGUUGGAUAUUAAACACCAAGGAUCAAAUACACAGAGGAAGAAUAAAAUAAAAUCAUCUGUCCAUUAAAUUUUAUAGGCUCAUAUCUUCUUUUUUUCCACCCUGUCUGCCUCUGCAGUGUCUUUAUUUAGAUUUCCUGCUGUUUCAGUUAUGACGGUUCAUGGACGACUGCCUCAUGUGUCUCAUUUUGUUUCUUUGAUUAUUUAUCCCUUUUAUUUAUUUUUUUAUUGUUCAUCCAGAACACGUUAGCUAGAAUGAGACCAAAUUAACGGUGCUGCCAGACUGGUAUUAUUUGCCUUUCACUUAAGUCAGUCACCCAACACGGGCUCCAACGUAUGUCGGAUGCUGAUAAUGCAACCCAAUGAACAUACAUUAUUUUAUACCAUAUUUCUAUGUUAUUUUUAUACAUAUAUACCCCAAAAAAAUUCUUCACCUUUCCAACUGUGAUUUUCCAGAGGCAGCAAGUUUGCAUAGGUCCAGCGUUCACAGCCUACACUGCCGAAGCAGAUGACAAAUAAAGCUUUUAGAGCCUCAUAUGGCUGGAAGUGACUGCGCACUAAAUUUAGUCUACAGAAUUGUUGCAAGGAAAAUAAUUUUGCUCUGGAUGGAGAGUUUAACUGCAAUCACUGUUCUGUUCAAAGAAAGGAAAAUAACCCUCUAAGACUCACUUAUUAGUCACAUUUCCAGCCAGGGAAAAUGUUUGCCUCAUGCCUUCUCUAGAAGUCAUGCCCUGGGCUUCUGUUAAUUGGUUUUGUGAUUACUUAAUCUGAGGAACAGUUUAGGGCUGGGCGAGCGGCAGAUUUGACUGUUAUGUGUAAAUAGCCCUGCUGGCUGUGAAACGCAUAUGCUUGAACUCUUCUUGUUGUGUCCACGAGGGAAACAUGACAGCUGUUGAUGUAUAGCGCAGGCACAAGUGGUCUCGUCUCCUCUGCUUGGAUGCCUCCACAAAUUCUACACACAUCCCUUAUUUACAGCCCUGUUCUGCAGACACCUGGCACUACAUACAGACGCUGGCAGUCCUGACGCUACAGAGAAACAGCUCCGCUCUUUGGACAGCUCAAAGUAUCUGUAGAGUAUAUUUUUUCCUCGGGAUUGGUCAUAGACAGAUUUGUUGUAACUGUUAAAUAAAUCAGGCUGCAUUGAAUCUUAACCGUAGAUAGGGAUGUUUAGAGGAAAACCAAGGUAAAUAUUUCAGUGUUACAAUUUUUCACCUUAAUGGGGUAAGUUAUUUAAAACAAAAAUGAUAAAAGAGAAAACAUGAUCAGUAGAAAUAAAACAAAUCCAGGAAAUGUCUCCAAAUCUGACAUCAUACUUCAGAGCCCCAACCUGGAGCGCCUGUAACUCUCUGCCCCCGGCUGAUUUCACUCAGUUUUCAUAUUUUUGUCAGUGUUCCUCUGUGUUUUUUAAUGUAGGCAUGAAUGCCAAUUUAAAGAAAACUGUUCUUUUAUGAUCAUUUUUGUACAUCAUUUUUGCUCUUUGAAUGUUUUUUAUACGGUAUGCUGUUGCUUCUGUUGUGGGCCAUUUUUGUCACCUUUAGUUUUCAUUUGGAGAGGAUAACCAUCGCUUUCGUGGGGACAUGACACCAUUAAGUUUUUCUUUUUUUUUCUUUCCCAGUGCUCUUCUCCAAGGUGCUUAAAUAUCUUUCUGUCUUUAACACUGCAUGAUUACGUUGGAAUUGAUGGGAAGGUUUUGCAUAGAGCAUCAUGUGGACUCCACAAAAGACAUGCCAAAUGCUUCUGGCUAUUCUAGUUAAAUUAGAUGAGGACAUGCAUUUCAAAUCUGGAAUGUUUCUCUGAAAACUACUAAUCUCAGACUCAUUAAGUAUUUUUAAUACUUAACAUAUUUGAAACUGCGUACCAAAGCUCAUGUCUCUCCAUAUCAUCAUCCUCAUAUGUAAAUACUGUUAUUUUACAGCUGACAUAACUUGUCAGUGUUAGUCUUUACCCCUGCCAACUAUAAAUUUGCAUUGAAAGUUUAAUUAAUUUUUUUAAUAACCAAUGCGCUUUUACCCUAAUGUCAUCCAUGUGUAAUUUGUGUUAUUCAUUUCUCUUAUUUUUCUACAUUUGCUUUUUUUUUGGGGGGGGGAUUCUCCCUUUCAGCUCCACAACCAAUGUAAAUUAUAUGUAAAUUUAUUUUGUUUUUUUCGGUAUGGUCUUCAUUUUUGAUCUUUUAGUAAAGCACAUUUUCCUUUUUUUUUCUUAAAGAGCAUAAAAUAUUCCCUCUCAUUCACAAUAGAGGUCACAGUAAACUAAAUAGAUGGUGAAGAAAGAAUGCACCUGCAGUAAUUGGGUUUUGUCUGCUGUGAGGAACUUGGAAAAUAGAAAUAUGGAUAUGUACAAUUUUUUUUAAUUAUUAUUUAAAUUGUUUUAUUUUUUACCACCUUGGAUGUAUCACUUCUGUAAUCCCCUUCUAACCCUUCUACCCUUCUAAAGAUGAAUAUCUAAGCAGUGGAAAUGUCUGCUCCAGAACUGGUGUGUUUGAUGUUGUGUUCUGAUGGGUGGCAUUAUCUGAUACCUGCCAACCUUGUCCUGUGGAGUUUCUGUCACACAUUUACAAUAUACUCCUUGGUGCACUACUUUCUCUUUAUUCUCGAAAUGAACUAUUUUUUAAAUAAAGGAAAGUGUGUCACAAAAGUCUCAUGAUACCGUACAGUCAUUGCCUUUCAUGUUUAAUGACUCGAUGCUUCUGAUUUAUUCCCUUUUUAUGUCGCUAUCUAUUAUUUAGGCCACAUUUAAACAGUGAUUCUGAUCCCAUUGAGUGGAGGGGGGUUGAGAAGUUGGCAUGAGGAGCAAAGAGACGCAGUGCUGCAACAGAUCGCAUGUUUUCGAUGUAAGACCAUGAAAUUCAAACAGUUUUCCUGAAGACGGGCUAAUGGUAGUCGGCAGGUUAAGCCGAGGGAUUUUUUUU